GCCUUGAUCUCUCUUUUUCCUGAUACACGUUUCCAACGCAGACCACAAUAAACCAAAACAAGGCAUUCAACAUCCUCAGUCUACAAUAAUUCUACACCUCAGGCGCCCAACCAUCUUUUCCACGGCAUAACCAACGGAUUAAGGUAUUCACUACUUGACCAAAGGCCCUAAUCUCUUGAGCGCCGGCAUCAUGGCAGCCGACCAGCACAUCCUUACCUACUUUACCGCCAUGAACAACCAGGGCGGUAUUAUUGUUAGAGAUGCUCCGAAGCUGGACCUUGACCUAUACAUUUCUAAUUACAAAGGCCGUACCCGUUUCGAGCGAUUAUUGUUAAUUGGCCAAUGCUCCGUACCUCUAUGCGUCGAUGCCCUUAAAGCUGCCGUGGCCGAAGCCAAGCGUGGAAAAGAUGUCCAGCGAUACCGCGAUGCUUUUGAAUGCAUUCGUGUUGCUGCACCCGACGAACCUGAGGCUAAGUGGGACGAGGCCUGGGUCACAGCAACAGGGAAGGCCAACAAGGCAGAAACUCACAGACUUGAAACUGAGCUCAAAGGGUAUAAGAAUAACUUAGUAAAAGAGAGUAUUAGGAUUGGUCACCGCGAUCUUGGAGAACACCUCGAGUCUAUUGGAGACCUUAACGGAGCCUCCGAAACCUAUAUCAAGAUGCGACCCGAUGCUAGUACACAAUCUCAUAUCCAAGACGUAGGCAAGCAUAUCAUUAGCAUUAUGCUACAGAAACGAGACUGGGCCGCAGUGCUGGCAAAUGCGAAUAAGGUUCUGGCCGUGAGCCCCGGGAGCAACGAGCAGAAUACUGAGCAACCCUAUCAGAAGAUGAUUUAUGGUCUUGCUCAACUUGGGGAAGGUCGGUAUUACGAUGCUGCUAAAAGCUUCCUCGAGGUUGGUGAUCCAAUCAACUGUCAGACACAUAACGACGUCGCCAGCCUGAAUGACGUCGCCACAUAUGGUGGGCUUCUUGCACUCGCUUCAAUGGAUCGAUUAGAACUACAGACUCGGGUUCUAGAUAACUCUAGCUUUAGAAACUACCUAGAGCUAGAGCCGCACAUCCGCAAAGCUGUCAGUUUGUUCGUCAACGGACGAUACUCGGCCUGCUUGGGAAUACUCGAGUCAUACCGAAACGAUUACCUUCUCGACAUCUAUCUCCAGGCACACGUUCCAGCAAUUUUCUCGCAGAUUCGCAGCAAGUGCAUUGUUCAGUACUUUGUACCAUUUUCAUGUGUCACCUUGGAAAGCCUAAACGCAGCCUUCGCCAAACCCGGAGAGUCUAUUGAACCAGAGCUCAUUAACAUGAUCAAAACGGGUGCUCUAAACGCUCGUAUUAAUACCAUUGAUAGGCUUCUUGUUGCUGUCUCCACCAACUCCAGAGCUGCCAUGCAGAAGAAGGCUCUGGACUCCGCCAAGAAUUAUGAAAAGGAAGUCCUGGAGAGAAUUCGCCGGAUGAACAUCGUAGCGGCCGACCUAGAGGUCAAAGGCACUAGAAAGGCCACUGGUGCAGGAGCCGGCAAUAUCCCCGGCGUAGGCGACAUCUGGACUGAUGAAGCUAGGAGACAGCCGGCUUCCAACGACGCAAUGUCUUAGUAAGAUCAUUUUAGGGAUAAGACGGCAAUGCUUCUAACGUAUAGGGAUAGAUCGAGCCUAUUACGGGCAGUGAAUUCCAGAAUUAUAACGGGAAGUAGUCGGGUUUUAGAGAGAAAUAUGUAUGGAGAUGGACCGAGUUGUUACAGGAACACUCGUCAUCAUGGCUGAAAGGCAGCCAAACACAUAGGCACACAACGCAUAAUGAGGAGUUUGCUAGGAUACAGGCGUCACGGACGUUGCAUUGUGGUUUAGUUUUGUUUUACAGGGAGGUUCUAGGGUCAUGUCUACAUGGCAUAUUACGUCGUUUAAGAGCAUGGGAUUCGCAAAUACCCUAUGACGAGUAGUUCAGGAA